UUGCGAUUAGUGCGUUUCCAACUUUGACGCGGGGUAGACGUAUGCGUCUUUGCGUUUCGAACGCAACGACGACUCUAUCGCCCUGAUAUAAAUAAAUAUUCGAAAUAAACUAUAACUUGUGAAUAUAAAUGUGAUGCUAUUGUGAAGUUUGAUGUAGUUAUUGGUGUUCUAGUGCCUUGUGAAUUACUUCUGAAAGUGGAGGAUGCGUAGUGUAAAAUGUUUUGUGGUCUCAUCGUUCACUUUAAACUACAGUGUUCAAUAAUGUGAACUGCGAUAUCUUAGCACCGGUCUUGAUAUGGCUGUAACGACUUCGUCAAAUUAUCAUGGCUCGCCAAUCCACGAUGGCUUUGCGACAAUUCGUGCGCCCAGAAGUCGAAUAAAGAUAAGAAAUCUAGUUGAACCAAAACCAACACUUAAUCUACCUCAAAGACAUUCAGAAUAUUUCACAUUAAAUAGAACGCCGAAAAACAGUUUCUUACAGAAUAGUAAUGAUAUUCAAUAUAUUUCUGAAUGCUCUUCUAAUAGUAAUAAUAAAAGCAAACCAUCUCGGCUUAGCUUCACUGAACCGAUCUACGCGAAAGUGACACCGCCUUCUUCAAAAAGCAGUUCACCUGUGAAAUCUAUUAACGGCAAGCAAGGUACUCAUUAUGAUUCAAUAGAUACUAAACCACGGAGACGUUUGAAAAGCUUGGACUUGGAAGAUCAAAGUACAAGAAAUGGGGAUCGAACUAGUCCUGCGAUUUUAACUAACGGUGACAAACAGUCGUAUGAACAUCAUGUAUUCAAUCAGGAUAGUGCAGAACAACAUUCCAUCCGUACUGACGUAUCAGGGUCAUCUGUACACUUUAGAAGAAGUCAUAGCGAUCGAGAUAAUUGUUCAGAAUCUUCGUCGUAUUUUACUGACAACGAUAGACCCAUAUCGAGUUAUAGCGAUAAUUCCACAAUACCAUCGACUGAUACAGAAGACGUCCUCAAAGAUUUGCCUAGUAAGUCCAAGUUUCAUAGAUCUCCUCAGAAAUUUGCCACCCUUAAUAUGCGGAGACCCAAAUUUAUAGAUUUAAAAACGCCGGGUAUCAAAGAAAGUCCAUUUUAUGGAAGUUUGCAGCGGAACAAGAUAGGAUAUCAUUCAGAACCUAAUACGCCUUUAUCUGGUGAUCACUCGCUGUUGAAUGACGAGUCUUUUAUAAACCAAGUGCACCAGAUACCGAGAAUGCCUCUUCAAAACAACAGAAAUAUUUUCAAAAGAUCAACAAGCGAAUCAAAUGGCUUCUCGAAACGACUUAACUAUAGGCAUUCGUUUAGUGCUGAUUCUAGACCGCAAAACUUUCCAAAAAAACCACACAAAUGUUGUGAAUGUGUUACUGGUAUACCUACAGAAGAGGAAGAACAAUCGCCAUCGAGGAUGUUAGGUACUUUAUACGAAGCACAAGAUCCUAAAGUAGGAUGUCAAACUAUACUUCGAUCAAAACCUCCAAUACCAUGGUGGGAGUUGGCGAUGAAAAAAUCACGUUACAAAAGUUGUCCCAUUUUAGAAGAGGCUCAUGUUGUAUCUGCGUUCGAGCAGAGCCUCUCGAACAUGACCCAGAGGCUGCAGCAGCUCACCGCCACCGCCGAGAGAAAGGAUUCUGAACUGACUGAGUUGCGGCAAACGAUAGAAUUACUUCGGAAGCAGUCUAUUCAAGCCGGAUUGACCACUGCGCACAUGCAGUCCAUGGGCAUCCGAGCUGAUGGCGUUAACGUCACUGGACAGCAGGAACCAAAUGCGCAAACGCAGCAAUCAUCCCCGCAGCGUAACGCACAAACGGGCAACGGCGCGAUCACUAGACAUCUGUCGACAGACAGCGUGUCCAGUAUUAACAGUCUUAGCAGCGGUUCUUCUGUGCCUCAUGACAAGAAACAUAAGAAAAAAGGAUGGCUUCGAUCAUCGUUCACCAAAGCUUUCUCACGUAACGCGAAGAUAUCUAAGACGGCGAAGCAUUCGUCCCUCGGGCAGCUGUCCUCGCAAGACAGCUCAUCAGGCUCACACCAUUACGACGACCCGCAUACAAUAAGGGAAGGCAGCAAUGAGAACAGUCUGGAACAUUCGCACGAAGCGCUUAACGAGAAAGUGCAGGACAAAACAACAUGUCCGGCAGCCAAACCCGAAGAGCAAACCAAAGAAAAACCUGACGACUCCGGCUUAGUAGAUGAACUGAAGAGACAAUUGCGAGAGAAAGAUUUGGUGCUAACUGACAUUCGAUUAGAGGCGUUAAGUUCGGCGCAUCAACUCGAAAGCCUCAAGGACACCGUCAUUAAAAUGAGGAAUGAAAUGCUGAAUUUGAAGCAAAACAAUGAGCGGUUACAGCGACUAGUGACAUCACGCUCGCUAGCGGGCAGUCAGAGCUCGUUGGGCACUGGCUCGGCAGUGGAAGAUCCAAGGAGAUUCAGUCUUGCUGACCAAGCUACUAUGCACCAGGCGGCGAUAGACAUUCACUCGCAGCCUUUAGAUUUAGACUUCAACUGCAUAGCGUCUACGCCCACUAUGGACUUCAAGAAAAGCUCACCCAAUUCCACUAUGGUCGAACCAAUAUACGGUAAUAAAGCUGUAUGUGAAUUGAACGAGAAGAGUGAAGAUUUAUUAGGGCCUUUGAAUGGGUCCAGUGAUAUAUUUACCAAUGGUUUGAACCCCAGCGAGAGAUUGAGCGGGGAUUAUGAUAUAAAUACGGUGCUACCUCCACCUAAAAGUAGAGAAUUAGCUAUAGGGGAAAGUUAUUCGGAUAUAGGUGUCGCCGAUAGUCAAGGCGACACGACGGACGGAAAGAAAAUUGCAAUAGCAGUAUACUUAGGACAACCAGAGACAUUCCAAAGAUAUUUCGAAGAAGUCCAAGAUACUUUGACCGAAUCCGAAUGCAGGUUUUAUGCGAAGCAAUCGGCGAGCGCAUACAAUAAUCAUUACGAGAAACAACCGAGUUUCGAUUCGCCUCGUAUGUCCCAAACGCACAGUCCAGAAACGGAAACGCAAGACUACCCUCAUAUAAAUAAGUCUAACACGAAUAGCCUUAAAAGUAAUAAGUCAACGCACAGUAGUUCAUAUAAGAAUGUUUACAACAGUGAUUCGACAAUAAACUGUAAUGAAUUCACUAUAGCGUACACUUAUAUAUCUGGCAAAACUACUUGGCAGAAUUUAGAUUAUAUAGUUAGGAAGACUUUCAAAGAUUAUUUAUCCAGGAUAGACCCAGGUACGAAUCUGGGUUUGAAUACUGAUUCUAUAACGUCAUAUCAUCUCGGGGAAGCGACUAGGGGUCCCGAGAUAGGUUUCCCUGAACUGCUGCCUUGUGGAUAUAUAAUAGGAACUGUUAACACGCUGUACAUCUGUUUGCAAGGAGUCGGCAGCUUAGCGUUCGAUAGCCUUAUACCAAAAAAUAUUGUAUAUAGAUAUGUAUCGUUAUUAUCGGAGCACAGGCGUGUGAUAUUAUGCGGGCCGAGUGGCACCGGAAAGUCUUAUUUAGCCGCAAAACUGGCAGAGUUUUAUGUACAGAGGACUCAACGACGUGGGAAUCCCGCCGAAGCAGUAGCUACUUUCAAUGUUGAUCGUAAAUCGUGCAACGAGUUACGUGCGUAUCUCGCUAAUAUCGCGGACCAGUGCGGGGCGGCGGUCGCGGCGGGCGAGGAAGCCGCGUUGCCUUCUGUAGUCGUGUUAGAUAAUUUACAACACGCUUCCGCUUUGGGGGAUGCGUUCGCUGGACUAUUGCCGCCUGACAACAGAAAUAUGCCCGUCAUCAUUGGAACAAUGUCUCAAGCUACGUGUAAUACUACGAAUCUCCAGUUGCACCAUAACUUCAGGUGGCUGCUUACCGCAAAUCACAUGGAACCCGUCAAAGGUUUCUUAGCAAGAUAUCUACGUCGAAAGCUAUUCUCGCUGGAACUCCGACUGGGACGACGUGAGCCCGCGUUGGCUGCCGUUUUAGAAUGGUUGCCAGGCGUUUGGUCUACGCUCAACGCUUUCUUAGAAGCUCACUCUUCUAGUGACGUUACAGUUGGACCAAGAUUGUUCCUUGCUUGCCCGAUGGACUUGGAAGCUAGUCAGGCAUGGUUCGCGGACGUAUGGAAUUACAGUAUAGUACCUUACGCCUCGGAGGCUGUGCGUGAGGGCGUGGCUUUAUACGGAAGGCGGAGACAUGCUGCUUUGGAUCCAUUACAACACGUCAAAUCAACAUAUCCGUGGCGAGAACCGAAUCAUUCACACGUCAGCACUUUAAGGGCGAUAACCGUUGAGGACGUUGGUAUCGAAGAAUCAUCUCAAGAUUCAAACACUAACAACAAUCAAGAUCCACUACUAAACAUGUUGAUGCGACUACAAGAAGCAGCGAACUAUAGCGGUAACCAAAGCCAAGACUCCGACAACGCUAGUAUGGACUCGAAUCUCACUCACGACAGCUCUAUGGGCAACGAGUUAUAAAAUACAUUUCGAUUUGAGACUAGUUAUGUAACGAUAUAACACCCGAAAUGAAUAUUACAAAGUAAUAAUAUAUUUCGGGAUUUAUACCAACCUCUAUACGUGAUGACUGAUGACACUUGUUUGUUAUGAAUUAGAAAAUAAAGUGAAACUCGCUAAGAGGAGAAUAGCCCGUCUAACAUUUCCUGUCUCAUAUACGAAUGCAUUUACACGUUCCUUCGCGUGUGAUUUAUACGUUAUUCAAAGCCAAAUAUUUGCCAUAUGUACAUUAUUUAUAAUUUAUUUACUGUAAUUGUUACUUUAAUUUGGAAUCUAUGUUAUUUUUAUUUAGAUUAUGUAAUUCUUCUCUCGAUGUGAAAUAUUUAAAAUAAAAAUCUAUUUUCGAAAGGACUGUGCUCCGCAAUAUUUGUUUUGUUGCAAAUAUUCAUUGUACGAGCAGGCUAUGCCUUUCCGUUCAUUCGUUUUGUUGCAAAAUUGAUGUAUUUUUUUUAACUUCGUGUUAAAAAUCUACACGUAUUCGUGCAGAGAUAAAUGACAGUGCCUGGAGCUAUACUUUUUCCAUUUUUAUGAAAUAAUAAUGUAAUUCAGAAAUGUAGAACUGUUACUGUUUGUAUGAAGCAUUAUGGCUUUUACUAUUGUUAUAUUUUUUCAAAAUUAGGAUACGGACCGCAUUUGUAUUACUGUGACUUGUAUGUAAAAAUAAUAUAUAUGAAAGUGUAAUUUUUUAUACCAUUUUCAUAUAAAAACUCAUGUACCUAAUAAAUAUGUUUAGGUGUAAAUAAAAUAUGUUUAAUAUAAUUUUUUUCUAUGCGAAUACACUAACUGCUAUUUUGCCAUAAAUAGUAUAGCGUUACUUUUGUAUAGAAAUACCUACGUAACAAAUUCGUUACAGUGUUCGGUAUGGAAUAUGGAUUGACUUGUGUGCAUAACUAAAACGUGAUAUCUACAAUCUAUGCUUUACUGAAAAUGUGA